AUUUGCAUGUAUGCAUGCAUGUAUGUAGGCUAUACAUGCAUGUUCUUAUGACUAACCACACUAUGGACCUUGGAGGUCUCUGUGUUUACAGUGGAAGGCCUUUCUGGAGGUAAAAGCCCCGAUGAGUAAAGUGCAGACUACGCUGAGAGGAUGAGUCUGAGAGGCUGUGGGUGUCGGAGUGAGGGCGUGAGCAAUGAGGGUCGCAUGCUUGCCCUGGCAUGACGGACCGUAAUGCUACUAUUUCUGUCCCAGCGAGCAGCCGUUCCAGUAAGGUGGUGAGGAAUGUUGAACUGGAGCUGUGUGUGUGUGUGUGCGUGUGUAUGAGCGAGGGAGAUAUGUAAGAGAGAAAGAGAGGGGGAAAGAGAGCAGCCAACGGAGAGUUCAAACAUGACUGUAUUCCAAGGCCAGGAACCACAACUUCCAGAUAUGGUAGUUUGUACUUUAUUUGUGGUUCGCCCACUCACUUAGUUCACCGACCUAACAUUACAGCCAUUACUGUUCACCACAGUACACAAAUAUGAGUAUGAGUCAGUGUGAUUUAUGAUAAUACAAGUACGGGUUCACAAGUUUAGUACAAAUUUAAAUUAAAUAGCCUAAGCCCAAGUAAAAAAUAGGAAUAAGGAAAAAUUCAGCCUGAACUAAAAAUUACAAUAAAAAACAAAUUACAAAAUGCUGUCCACACUGUUGAAACAUUCAUUGUCAUUUGGCAUUUGCCUCCCGAGUAACUCUGAUGUCAUGUCUCAGGACUUCAUGUAUGGGACAGAGAAAAGGUUGUUCUUCAUCGCCCUCUACUGUUUAAAGAUAGCAUUACAUGCUUACAUAAAUGCAAAAAAUAGUCUUUGCUUUGUUUCUUAUUUUUCUUAUCUUAUUUCUCUUUGUCUUAUUUUACAUCCAAAAUUCAUGUCCACGCAAUCAGCAUGACAGAGAAACAGUUACAGUUUGACUCCUCUUAGACUUCUAGUGACAGCGAGCUGUCAUAUUUUACAGUUGAUAUGAGCGAAGCAUUUUUGACAUUCAGCAUGGGAUUUGCUUCCACAGAUCUCACCCUGUGCAGGGCUUUUCAAUAAUGACCACAUUAUGGGCCCAACUGAAAAGUGGAGUGAGAAAGGCUACUUUGUCACUAAUUCCUUUGAGUGGGAGGGUCAAACAGGCCACUCUUGUAUAUAUUGUCGUAAAAAUCACUUUGCUUCAUCAGAGUAAACAGGAGUGGAUAUAUUUACCAGACCUAGAGCUAACGACUCUGUUGCAAUUAGUUCUUUUUGGAAUGCACAACAAGGAACAAGGAGGCUUGAAAAAAACUAAAGACCCUUUGGAAUGUCGCUGAGUAUACGGUCUGACCACACAUAAGAACAUGCAGUACCUGAUAUAGAACAACCCUCUGUUGCCGAGCGAAAACUAGAAAAGCAUGGCUUAUCAGAGGGUUCGCUCCUUCCUCCUGGGCCUGUCCCGCAGGAAGCCGCUGGAGCCUGAGGGCGAGGUGUCCACCUUCCACCGCUGCCUGACCACCCUGGACCUGGUGGCGCUGGGCGUGGGCAGCACGCUGGGCGCCGGUGUCUACGUACUCUCUGGCGAGGUGGCACGCACUCAGUCCGGACCCAGCAUCAUCAUCUCCUUCUUCAUCGCCGCCCUGGCGUCCAUCUUCGCCGGCCUGUGCUACUCCGAGUUCGGCUCCCGGGUGCCCAAGACGGGCUCGGCGUACUUGUACAGCUACGUGACAGUGGGGGAGGUGUGGGCCUUCAUCACCGGCUGGAACCUGCUGCUGUCCUACAUCAUAGGCACAUCAAGCGUUGCCAGAGCCUGGAGCGGCACAUUGGAUGACAUGAUUGGGAAUGUAAUGGCCGACUACUUAAGCAAGCACGCCGCCAUGGGCUUGCCUGGCCUGGCUGCCUACCCUGACUUGUUUGCAGCCGGGCUCAUCAUGCUUCUAGCAGGUCUCCUUGCUUAUGGUGUGAAGGAAUCAACAACAGUUAAUAAGAUAUUCACCAGUGUGAAUAUACUAGUGCUGGUCUUUGUAAUAAUAACUGGCUUCAUCAAAGGAAAUGUUGAUAACUGGUAUAUCACAGAGGAGGCGUUACAGAAUGCUACAGCCCAGCUUGAAAAUUUGACGUCCUCGGUCAACGUGACAAGUGAAUUUGGAGUUGGUGGAUUCUUCCCCUACGGUUUUGAGGGAACACUGGCUGGGGCUGCAACCUGUUUCUAUGCAUUUGUGGGAUUUGACUGCAUUGCGACCACAGGUGAGGAGGUGAAGAACCCGCAGCGCUCCAUCCCCCUGGGCAUCGUGGGCUCUCUUCUCAUCUGUUUCCUGGCCUACUGCGGUGUGUCGGCCGCCAUCACCCUCAUGAUGCCCUACUACCUGCUCAACAUCCACAGCCCCCUGCCCGUCGCCUUCACCUACAUCGGCUGGGGCGCAGCCAGAUACGUGGUGGCCGUGGGCUCCCUGUGUGCCCUGUCAACCAGUCUCCUAGGCUCCAUGUUCCCUAUGCCUCGCGUUCUCUUUGCCAUGGCGCGAGACGGCCUGAUGUUCAAAUCCCUGCGCAAGGUCAACCCUCGCCAGAGUCCCGCCGUGGCUACCAUCGCCUCUGGCAUUGUAGCAGCAAUAAUGGCCCUUUUAUUUGACCUGAAAGCCUUGGUUGAUAUGAUGUCUAUCGGGACCCUGUUCGCCUACACACUCGUGGCCAUUUGCAUUCUCAUACUCCGGUACCAAGAGAGUACAUCUGAGGAGAAUAAUUUCCACAUGUCCCCGACCUCCACGUUUUCUUUUCUCAAACCUCCAUCCUACCCAACGAAGGAAACUUCAAAAACAGUCACAACAUGCACCAUAUUUGUUGCUGUCGUGGUCGUCAUCCUGAGUGUCUUCAUGACGAAGGCCAUCCAGGCGCUGCUGCUGCUGGAGAUCUGGAGCCUGCUGUGCCUGUCCGUCAUCCUGGCCGUGCUUGUCCUGACCACCCUCAUCAUCUGGAGGCAGCCGCAGAACCCAGCCCAGGCUCCGUUCAUGGUCCCCUGUCUGCCCUUGCUUCCCGUGGUGAGUGUGUUCAUCAACGUCUACCUGAUGGUCCAGCUGGGGGGAGACACGUGGAUCCGAUAUGCUGUGUGGAUGGCUGUGGGGAUGCUCAUAUACUUUGGGUACGGGGUCCGCCACAGUGUCCAGAAACAGAGGCUGCUCAAUAACCUGGUCCCCAUAGAGACCAUCGAGGACAAACCUGGGAAAGGCGGUGCCAAAGUAGAGUGUUCAUAAACCUCAGGAACCAAAGUUUGUUUGUAUGUCAAGAGCUCAGCCUUAGUGCCACGGUUGGAUGCCAAUGUUGUGUAAUAACACUGGGCAGGAGGAAUGUGAGUGAGUGUUUUUAUGUCUCUGAAAUGCUACCAUUGAAGAGGGCUUACUAUUGUGUGAAUGGAUCUUUUUUGUACCAUUCCUUUUAUAUAUUUAAGUAUACCUUUAAUUUAGUGUCAAUUUAAAUCGAACGACAAUGAGAAUAAAUGUAGAGAGACAUGUCCUUAUGGGGAGCAGCGCAGGAGAGUUUGGCACAUGUUUACAUUUUAUAGUGCAGGUCAGAUUAUUGGCUUCUGGGCCAAAUAUUAAUAACUAAUUGACUGCUGCAUGGCUGUAUAAGCUGUAUAGCAGAAUUGUCUAACAUUGUGCAUACUGUGGCCAUUUUACGGACUUUAUAUAUCUAUUAAUAAUGACAUUGCUGCUCAAAUCAACUGUAAAUAAAGAAAUAACCCCUACACUAA